AUGCUACAUGCAAGACUGCCAAUUUCAACUGUGAAAACCGAACUGAAGAAGGAGGAUGAAGCCGCAGACUAUCUAACAGAAGAAUCGUCGGAAUGCACCAGAAGCCAAGGAUGGCUUACAAGCUGCGUCUCUCACACCCAGCUGGCCGGUGGUGCGGUGGUUGAAGUUGGUUUGCACCGUUCCGACUACUGUAUCAUCGUUAGUGAGAAACCGUCUCCGGAUCCAGCACUUGUAGCCGCAUAUUUGAAGUCGGCCGGAGACCGGAAAGUUUGCCAAUUUGAUAUAUUAGAUAUCGGUUACGCUGCAGCCGGAUGGUGCAAUGGCUACCCAUAUUCGCUGCACGCUUUGGUCCUGCCGGAAACGGAUCACCAUACCGCCGCCGGUGCUGCUGCUGGUAGUGGCAGUGGCAACGUGGCCGGAGAGGUCAGCAAAAGUGCCGCGCCAGUAGUUGAGCUGAAUGAGGAAAAACUGCAGCAAGCGCACUACCGCUGCGAGGAUGGAUUCUUCCGAUGCAACAGUACACUGCAAUGCAUUGAGCAACGAAAGAAUUGUGACGGAAUUGCUGACUGCGACGAUGGAUCCGAUGAACGCGAUUGCGAUGACGAAGUGGAUUCGUCCUUCUGGGAUCACUUUUUCCGUAAGCGACCGGCCGCCCUGAAUGACCAUCUACCGUUUACUUCCUGUGCUUGGAAUGACUUUAAUAACUCGUGCAAGUGUCGAGCAACGGAGGUCCUGUGUGAUUACAAAGGGCUAACCACUUUACCAACUUCGUUGCCGAUGGAGAACGUUACGCUGCUAGAUUUGACUGGCAACAGAUUUCCCGUACUGAAUAUGAAUGUUUUCGAGAAGCUACCCGCCCUUAACACACUGGUUCUGAGGCAUUGUUCCAUUGAAGAAAUCGACCCACCGACGAGAACGCUCAACGAUAUGUACGCGCUUUAUCUGGAUCAGAACAAAUUAAAAUCGCUUCCGGAUAUUUUCUUCCCACCGGGAACUUGGCUGCAUACGCUCAUCCUGAGUGGAAAUCAGAUUACCAGGCUGACGGCGGGAAACUUCCAGAAUUUGUUCUACCUCAAAGAGCUGGAUCUUAGGGAUAAUCUGAUCGAAUUUCUGGAUGCGGAUGUAUUUCGCCCGUUGUACAGUUUGGAAAUUUUGUACCUGAACAAGAACCGUCUCACAUCUCUGGACCGAGGGAUGAUACCACGGCUCACCGCACUGCGAACCCUAUCGCUGGCGCAAAACCAAAUCCGCUCCGUUGCAGUGGAUGCACUUGAUUUGCCCAUAUUGGAGCAUCUUUAUCUGGUCGAUAACCGACUGAAAGUGAUCGCUAAUGACACCUUUAGUCAUUUACCGAAUUUACUAGGCCUGUUUUUGAACGACAACGAAAUAAUCCACUUCCAGCUUGGCUCGUUUGCUGGCAUUCAUAAUCUUACCACCAUGAAUCUGAAGGGAAAUAAAUUCACCCGAAUCGACAGACGGGUGCUGGAGAAUCUCACCAACUUAAACUACAUACAUUUUUCCGAGUUCCACCACUGCAAGGCGGCACUGCACGUACGGGUCUGCGAACCAAGGGGGGACGGAAUCAGCAGCAAAAGUCACCUGUUGGACAACCCGGUACUGAGGGCUAGCGUGUGGAUUAUGGCAGCGGUUGGUAUUAGUGGCAAUUUGCUGGUGCUGUUUGGGCGGUACGUGGUCGGCACCCGGAGCAGUCAGGCGCACGCCGAACAUUCGCUGUAUUUGAGACAUCUGGCCGCUAGUGAUUUGCUAAUGGGAAUCUAUCUGGCGAUUAUUGCCAGCGCCGACAUCAUGUUUCGGGGCCAAUACCUGCUGUUCGAGGAGGAAUGGCGGACGAGUUCGGUCUGUGCCUUUUGCGGGUUCCUGAGCACCCUCAGUUGUCAGUCCUCUACGCUGCUGCUGACGUUGGUUACCUGGGACCGAUUGAUAUCGGUCACCCGACCGCUGUAUCAACGGUCCAGCAGCAAAACACGUGUCAUCAUGCGUCUGGCGCUGCUGUGGGGCAUUGCGGCUGCUGCGGCGGCUGCACCAUUAUCUGCGACAGACUAUUUCGGGUCGCAUUUCUACGGCAGCAAUGGCGUGUGCCUUUCAAUCCACAUCCACGACCCGUACGCGGUCGGUUGGGAGUAUUCGGCCGGACUGUUCAUCCUUGUCAACACGUUUUCGCUGUUGUUCAUCGGUACGUCCUAUCUGCGGAUGUUGCAAGCCAUUCGGGUGUCGCGUAACGAGACACGGAACACCCUUAACUGUCGGGAAAAGAUUGUGGCCAGAAGAUUCGCUAUCAUAGUUGCGACCGAUUGCCUCUGCUGGAUGCCGGUGAUUGCCGUCAAAUUGGUGGCCCUGGGAGGAGUGCACAUAUCUCCGUCGCUGUACGCCUGGCUGGCGGUGCUCGUGCUGCCGGUAAAUUCGGCCCUCAAUCCGGUGCUGUACACCCUGACGACGGCACAGUUCAAGCAACAGCUGACGCGUUUCUUCUACUCGCUACCGUGUGGCGCUUCGGCCGAACUUAACGGGUACGAUUCGGCGAUUGACUCAAGGUAA